CGGUUUGUUUAUGCAUCACUAUGAACCAAUAUACGGGUUUAUAAGUUAAAAAUAAAAAAGAAAAUUAUAGAAUUUUAUAAAGUUUAAAUUAGUAUUAAAUUAACUUAAAAUGACUGAAUUGAUCCGUUAAAUUCUUAGAUCAAUAUGAGCAGCAGUGAAAAUGAAUCAAUUAAGGAAGAUCGUGGACAACGACGUACGAGCUUAGUUUGGAAAUAUUUCGACAAAAUAAGCAGAUCAAAAAUUAAAUGCCGUAUUUGUGGUCACGAGCAAAAUUAUCAAUGUACUACAGGCAAUAUAUUAAGACAUUUAAAAAACAAACAUCAAUUGGAUGCAACUAUCAAAGGAUUACAGGAUCCUAAAAAUAUAAAACGUAUGCAAGAAUUGGAUGCUAGUUGUCAAAUUAACGAAAAUUCAUUAAAAUUGGCAACGACAUCUUCGUUUUCCAUUAAGAGGGAACAUCCGGCCAAGCGGGAGUUUAGAAAACGUGAACCGACCGUAUACGAAAAUUCAUUAAAUGAAUCUUAUGAAGACAAAGACGAGCCCGUUAUUAACUUUGAUUAUAACGAAUUACUGGACAACACAAAAAAGGAUAAUAUACUUACACAAUCUGCUGCCCACACUAAUAAGCUGAAAGAUGAUCGUAUAGUAGCUGAAACAGAAUAUUUCCGCGAAAAAGCCGCAUAUUUCCGUAUGCAAAAGCAUUUGGCUGCAUUGCAAGCCAAAAAAUUGAAACUAGAGUUAGAAGAAUUAUUUGCAAAAUAUAAAAUGAAAUCUUAGAAAAUAAUGGUACAAUAUUCGGUUUUUAGAAUUUAUUUUUUAAAAAAUCGACGCGUAACUUUUAACAUCAGCUAUCCUAAAAAUGUAAUAAUUCGGGGAUAUAUUAUUCUAAUUGGGAAUGUUUUCCAAUCACCGCAACUAAAGUAUUUUUUUCUAAUGGGAAAUACAUUUUUUGACUUUUAUCAACUACUACAGAUGUUAAACGCCAUUAUCUACCUCCUUUUGCGUCUAAGGUGCAAAUUGUACCCGCUUUUUGAAACGAGCUAAUAUGAUUCUAGAAGUUUACAAAAGCUGCAGCACUUCUUCGUCACUAAAUGAUAUUAUGAAACCAAUAAUUGCAACGUUAGGUGUAUAUAACAAAAUUGCUUUUCGGAAAAUUAUCUGAAAAAUAACGAAAGC